AACAGGAAUAAUGAAGAGUGGUGGAGCUUGUUGUGCCAAGGUUGAGGAGGGUGUUGCAGCAGGACACAUUUACAGUCUUAUCAGUGUUCUGAGAGGUGAACCCUCACGUCCAAAGUCUCCAGAUAAAGCAAAGUGGAGACAAAUCUAAUUUAGGGUUAUUGUCCAGGGUCAGGUCAGUGAUGGCUUCAGCGUGGCAGAGAGUCGAGUCUCUGCAUCGUUGGAUCUUGGAGAAUGGAGAUAAGAGAACUGACCCAUGGCUGCUCGUUUACUCCCCUGUCCCAAUCUUCUGUAUUUUUCUCUGCUACCUCGGCAUCAUCUGGCUCGGACCCAAGCUCAUGAAAAACAGGGAAGCGGUGGACCUCAAAUAUGUCCUUAUAGUUUAUAACUUCGCAAUGGUUUGUCUGUCGGUCUACAUGUUCCACGAGUUCUUAGUGACAUCUUGGCUGUCAAACUACAGCUACCUCUGUCAGCCUGUCGACUACAGCAGCAGUCCUCUGGCUCUGAGGAUAGCCAGUGUGUGCUGGUGGUUCUUCUUCUCCAAAGUCAUCGAGCUCAGUGACACGGUGUUUUUCAUUUUGCGAAAGAAGAACAGUCAGCUGACUUUCCUGCACGUGUACCAUCAUGGCACCAUGAUCUUCAACUGGUGGGCCGGAGUCAAAUAUGUCGCCGGGGGACAGUCUUUUUUUAUCGGCCUCCUUAACACCUUCGUACACAUCAUCAUGUAUUCGUACUAUGGCCUGGCAGCUUUGGGUCCAAACAUGCAGAAAUAUCUGUGGUGGAAACGUUACCUCACCUCCCUGCAACUGCUUCAGUUUGUUCUUCUCACCACACACACUGGCUACAACCUGUUCACCGAGUGCGACUUCCCUGACUCCAUGAACGCGGUGGUGUUCGCCUACUGCAUCAGCCUCAUCCUUCUCUUCACCAACUUCUACUACCACAGCUACAUGAAAAGGAAGAACAAGCACCUCUAAAGCAGACUCCACCCCUCUUAGAAGUCUAACCCUAAUAGAACGUGUAAGAAAAUAAUUAAAGGCAACAUCAUUGUGAACAUUAGGAGCAAAUAGUCUCCAGUACACAUCCUCAGUGAUAUUAUAAUUGCUUCCUCCAUUAUACAGUGGGGAAAUAAUUAUCUGAUCCCCUGCUGAUUUUGUGACUUUACCCCAUA